AUGCCGCUGGUGUUCGUCUUGAGCACAGGUUCAGACCCAUUUGGAGCAUUCCAAAAAUUUGCCACAGAUAUGGGCAUGAGAGAUCGUUUAAAUUCUAUUUCUUUAGGACAAGGCCAAGGCCCUGUCGCUGAAAGAAUGAUUAACAACGCUAAACCAAAAGGAGACUGGGUAUUUUUGCAGAAUUGUCACUUAGCAGCAUCUUGGAUGCUAAGCCUCGAAGCGAUUGUGGCAAAUCUCAAUAACGACCUAAAUGCUCCACAUGAAGAUUUUCGCCUCUUUUUAAGUUCUAUGCCCACUCCUAAGUUUCCAGUUUCAGUUCUUCAAAAUUCUGUAAAAGUUACUAAUGAACCGCCUAAAGGAUUAAAAGCCAAUGUAAAAAGAGCACUUAUUGAGAUGGAUGCUGAUUUUUACGAGAAUCAUGUACUGGAACAGGACUGGCGCACUUUGCUAUUUGGCAUUUGCGUAUUCCACGCACUUGUUCAAGAGCGUAAGAAAUUUGGACCUCUGGGCUGGAACAUCUCUUACGAGUUUAAUGAUAGUGAUCGAGAGUGCGCUAUUCUUACUCUACAGAUGUUUUGCGCCGACGGUGACAUCCCUUGGGAUGCACUCGAGUACAUCACUAGUGAGAUCACGUACGGCGGUCGCGUGACCGACAUGUGGGACCAGCGGUGCUUGGCGGCGGCGCUGAGGCGCGUGGUGUCGCGCGCCGCCCUCUCAGCCGAGCACGCGUACUCGCCGUGCGGCCGCUACCGGAGCCCGCGCGCGCCGCUCCUCGCAGACGCGCACCGCUACGUGGACGCGCUGCCCGACAACGAGCCCCCGGAGCUGUUCGGCAUGCACCAGAACGCGAACAUCGCCUUCGAGGUUAGCGUUCGCCCACGUGCAUCCGCUUCACCGCGAACUCCUUGUGCCGCCCCCCUUGCGCGCCUCUUACGCCAUUUACCCAUUACGGCCCCGCAGCGACAAGAGACCUUGGCGCUGCUUCACACGCUACUGGAGGUGCAGCCGCGCGUCGCCGCCGGCGGCGCCGAACCGCCGGAGGUGUUGGUGUGGCGCAUCUGCGAGACCACCCUCGCCACCGUCGCCACGCACAUCGACAAGUCGGUGACGCACGAGUCGGUGUGGGCGGUGGACGAGCACGGACAGCCGCUCUCCCUGGCCACCGUGCUGCACCACGAGGUGGAGCGGUAUGACGCUCUGCUGGCGCUGGUACACGCCUCGCUGCGGGAGCUUCAGCGCGCCAUUAAGGGCGUGGUGGUUAUGUCCGAGUCGCUGGAGGAGGUGUUCGGAGCGCUGGCCGGCGGGCGCGUGCCGCAGCUUUGGCACGCACGCGCUUACAACUCGCUCAAAUCACUGGCCAGCUGGCUGCAUGACCUGGCGCUUCGCGUGGACUUUAUAGAGGCAAGUGGCAACAACAAAGUGCCAUUUAAAUGG